AUGCCUUACUCAGUGGCCAAGCUAUUGGGCAUCACUGACUUCAAACCUACAAAGAUAUCUCUAGUCUUUGCAGACAGAUCUGUUCGCCGCCCUGUUGGUGUUAUUAUGGAUGUUCCAAUCAUGGUUGGAGAUUGCUACAUCCCUGCUGAUUUUGUAGUUCUUGAGCUGGAACACCAACCUAAAGACCCUCUUAUCUUGGGAAGGCCAUUCCUAGCUACUGCAGGAGCUAUAAUAGAUGUCAAGAAUGGAAAGAUUGACUUGCAUCUUGGAGAUAUAGUGAUGAAUUUCGAGGUAAACAAGUCCAUGGAGAAACCAACUGUAGAUGGUCAAGCUUUUUGGAUUGGAGAGCUCGCAGAGACAAGAGAAGAAGUGCUGGAUGAACUCCUUCUUAUUGAUCCCUUGGAGCUAGCUUUGACAAAGGCUGAGAAUGAGUAUGGAUACAUGGAAAGAGAAGCUCAAUGCUUAGUCAAGUUCAUGGAUUCAAGGAAGCUUAUAAGGAGCUAUAGCUUAUAUGGACUUAGAGAGAGAAGAGGAAGAGCCAGACAUUGA